AUGGAAGAUGUAUUAAUAUUGCACCCACGAAAUCUCAUGGCUACAAGAAAAGGAAUGACACCAGUGGGAAAAGACCAUCUUGUAACUGUUUUAGCCCCAGCAAAAACCUAUCCAGUGCAUCGGGUAAAUUAUUGUUGGGCCACGAAAAGAAAACUCCCAUUUUGUCUUUGCCGUAUAUACUUCCGAUAG